UUUAAACGGUGCGAGCGCAGCGGAGACAGGGUUUAAAGGGUAGAAAGCGGAGUGUUUUCUGUCAGUCGUCGGUUGACUUGGUAAAGUUUGUCCUCUUUUUAUUCCUGGUAUUUAUUUUUCUGUCCUUCACCCACCUGUUGAACAUGGGACUCCUGCUCACCAAGAUGAUGGCGGUGUUCGGAGACGCAGAGCACAAAGUCAUCAUUGUGGGUUUGGACAACGCUGGGAAAACCACCAUCCUUUACCAGUUUUUGACAAAAGAGGCUGUUCACACGUCACCCACCAUCGGCAGCAACGUUGAGGAGAUCAAUGUUCGAAACACUCACUUCAUGGUUUGGGACAUCGGAGGACAGGAGAGUCUCCGGGCCAGCUGGUACUCGUACUACUGCAACACUGAGAUUGUCAUUCUGGUCGUGGACAGCACCGAUCGAGAGAGACUGACUGUCAGCAAAGAAGAGCUGCACCGGAUGCUCGCACAUGAGGACCUUCAGAAUGCGGCCGUUCUGGUUUUAGCCAAUAAGCAAGACGUGAAGGGCUCCAUGACGGCGGCAGAGAUCUCCCAGUGCCUCACUCUCGACUCCAUCACAACCCACUCCUGGCAUGUUCAACCCUGCUGCGCCCUCACCGGAGAAGGUCUUCCUGCCAGUCUGGACUGGAUGAGGUCAAAGGUUGUGGUGAAGUGAGAUGAAGGAUCGGACUCUCUCAAACCAAGAGGACGCGUCUUUAAACUCAGUGUUUACAGCUGGUGUGUGGGAGUCACUUCUCUCAGCCUCAGGGUGAACAAACACCUGGAAGGUUUCAGUGAUCUCUAUGUUUUAGUUCAUUUUUUAUUGAAGACCGGUUUUCAUGGUUUCUUUAUACCUCAGCUAUGGUAACGAUUUGGAAAUCUGCUCAAACGUCCCACCUGACCAGAAAUAUCAGAUUCCUUUUUUUGCAUUCUUUKAUUUCUCAGUUUCUGGUGAGAUAAAAGCACCUUCCAAGAAAAAAAAAAGGACUUUAUUCAGAACCUUUAAGCUUCUGGGACAGAAAAAGAAAACAACACUCCAGCAAAUAUUGGCAUUAUUACUCUAUCAACCACUUUUAAUGCAACUUCUCUUGUAGCCGUUUGUUUUACAACAAGCCUCUUACUGAAAUGUUUACACUAUAACUGUUGAUGAAUAUGUCUAAUUUUAUUAUUUAAGAGAAUAUUUAAUUUAUAUAUUGUUGUUUUUUUUUCCUAAUCAAAGCUCUUUGAUUGUAUUUUGGAUAUUAAAGUGAUUUCCUAAAUGAGGAAAGACAAUAUUGCUGCUAAGAACAAGUCCUAUUUCAAAUGUAUAUACUGUAAAUUAUGGGAAUAAAUAUUUUUUAUUGAAAAUUUGA